UACCCCAAAGCACUUUACAUACAACAACGGAACAUAUUGAGCGGCCGAAUGGGGAUCCCAUGGCGCCUCGGGUCGCGCUUGGUUUGGCUCGGGAUGUGUUGAACUCUGCAAAUGAGCGGAGCACGAAAAACAAGACAGAGGGAGAGCGACGGAGGGGAGGGCCAGUUGUUGAUGGCGAGCCGAUUUGUAUUAUACCGAAUCAAAUUCGAGAAGGCCGGCGAAGAGCCGGCGAUGAUCUACCUACGCUCUGUGCAUGUUCUGCAACUUGUGACUGGAGAAGUCUGUAACCCCUUGAACAUGGCCAUUCUAUUGCCCAACCAGAUUGUUAGUUGGGAGGCUGGAAGUUGUCCGGCAGAGUGUCUGUGUGCAUUGAUUGCCACUCAACCUUCCAAAGGGAUGAACAUUCCUUUUUUCCCCCUUUCUUUGUCUCUUUCCCUGUGCCCCCUAUCUCCCGGCCGCCUCCCUCCGGGGUCUCACAAGCAGAGCGGGUAUAAGUCGGCAUCCCCACCCCUCCGAGGCGAGGAACACCCCCCUUCCCCUUUAUUUAUACCCUUUAUUCGUAUCUUUGCUUAGCAUUAGCUGGGUGUCUAGAAUAUGGGACGAGCCGAACCGCCACCCCCUUUUUUUUCCGCGUCGUCCCUGAUUUUCCGGGUUCCUGGGUCCCCGAGU